AUGAGAGUUUCGUCCCUUCUCGCCGCCUUGGCUGCUGCCGGUACUGCUCUUGCGAACUCCAUUGAGCUCCCGGCAGGCGUCCCGCGUAGCGUUGAAGAGUUCCGCGAGAAGCAUCCCUUCGUGAAGCGUGGCAAAGAUUGCAGCCGCAAAACCUACAGCAUCCGCGCCUCGGAAGAUGACCUCGACGACAUCUCUGACGAGUUCUAUGAGGCCCUGCAGAAGGCCAACAAUGGCGGUACUUUGUACCUCCCCGCCAACAAAACAUUUGUCAUUGGCAAGCCGCUCGACUUGACCUGGCUUAACGAUGUGCACGUCCACUGGGAGGGUGAGAUCAAGUUCACCAAUGACACACCCUACUGGCAGGCCAAUGCUUUCCGCCACCCGUUCCAGAACUCCAUCAUGUUCUGGAAGUGGGGAGGAAAGAACGUGAAGCUUUACGGAGAGGGUGUGCUCAACGGCAAUGGUCAACGGUGGUGGAACGAGUUUGCAGGUCUUGAAAGAAUUUUGGACCCGACCAACAACUACCUGCGACCCAUCCUUUUCUAUGCUGAGAAUGCGACUGGCCUGUCAUUGGAGGGUAUCCAUCUUAAGGACUCGCCCUGCUGGACUACCUUUAUCGUCACUUCCAAGGAUAUCACUUUCAAGGACGUCAUCUGCACCGCUGAGAGCAAAAACGCGACAGCCGAGCCCAAGAAUACCGACUUCUUCGAUUCCCUCAAUGUGGAGGACGUCAAGGUUGAGCGCGUCUGGGUUAACAUUGGCGAUGACUGCUUCUCGCCCAAGUCGAACGCCAGCAACAUCCACGUUGACACCAUGUACUGCAACGGCACUCACGGUCAGUCCAUCGGCUCGCUCGGCCAGUACGCCGGUGAGAAGAGUUUCGUGAAGGACGUCGUCAUCGAGAACGUGUGGAUGCUCAACGGCCAGCACGGCGCCCGUCUCAAGACCUGGGCAGGACCUAACAUCGGCUACGGAUUCAUCGACAACGUCACCUUCCGCAACUUCUGGCAGGCGAACAACGAGUACACGGCCUUCAUCGACUCGUGCUACUUCAACAUCAACGCUACCACCUGCGCGCAGUACCCUUCGAAGAUGAACAUCACCAACAUCCUUUUCGAGAACUUCUCGGGCUACAGCAGCGGCAAGUACGGUCGUGCCGUCGCUAAGUUGACCUGUUCAACCAGCCCUGACGCCGUGUGCGAUAACAUUCAAUUCAAGAACUUCAACAUCACCACCCCCUGUGGAGGCGACCCCGUCAUCCUGUGUGAUGGUGUCAAGGGCGGAAUCGGUAUGCCGUGCGUCUCAGCUAGCAGCCCCGAGGGCAAGGCGGCUCUUGCGGCCAAGUGCACGACAGCGUUGGCGGAGGCUACACCCUGGGCUGUCAGACCUUUUGAAGAGUAG